AAAGAUGGCGGAGUUGGACAUUGGGCAGCACUGCCAGGUGCAGCACUGCCGGCAGCGAGAUUUUCUUCCAUUUGUGUGUGAUGGUUGUUCAGGAAUAUUUUGCCUUGAACACAGAAGCAAGGACUCUCAUGGUUGUUCUGAGGUCAAUGUAAUUAAGGAGAGACCGAAGACAGGUGAACACAAGGCUUAUUCAUGCUCGUUCAAGGACUGUACAGAAGUAGAGCUUGUGGCAGUGAUCUGUCCUUAUUGUCAGAAGAACUUUUGCCUAAGACACCGUCAUCAGUUGGAUCAUGAGUGUGUAAAGCUGGAGAUCCCAAAGCCCCGGAUGGCUGCCACACAGAAACUUGUCCAAGACAUCGUUGAUGCCAAGACAGGAGGGACAGCAAUUAAGGGACGGAAAGGCGCGAAAAGCAGCGGAACAGCUGCAAAGGUGGCACUGAUGAAGCUAAAGAUGCACGCUGACGGAGACAAGUCCCUGCCGCAGACAGAAAGAACAUACUUCCAGGUAUACUUACCAAAGGGGAGCAAAGAGAAGAGCAAGGCCAUGUUCUUCUGCCUGCGGUGGAGCAUUGGGAAGGUGGUAGACGUCGCAGCUUCCCUAGCCAAUCUCAGGAACGAAAACAACAGGCUGACAGCGAAGAAGCUGAGGUUGUGUCACGUCCCUUCCGGAGAAGCCUUGCCUUUGGAUCACACACUGGAAAGGUGGAUCACAAAGGAAGAGUGCCCUUUAUAUAAUGGAGGAAAUGUUAUUUUGGAAUACCUUAAUGAUGAAGAGCAGUUUUUAAAAAAUGUUGACUCUUACUUAGAAUAGUCAUUCAAGAAUUUAAACCAGUAGACUCCUUAGAAGCAGAAAUCAUUCUAAAUAGACAGUCAGUUUCUUUUACUACAGAUAGUUUUUUAAAACUCUCAGAGUUGCUUCU